AUGAGCCCAAACUUACCUGCAGAGUUAAGUGGUGGAAAUCAAUCUGGGCAGUCACCUUCCCUUUAUGCCGAGUCUGACGGUGAGAUGGCCAAAUUCUCUGUGGUUGAAGAGCUGCCUCCUCAGCUUCCCGAUUUGUAUUUCAUCCAUCAACCCAACCCAUCAUUAUGCUGUCUCAUCAGUUCAGCUCUUCAGAACUUGCUCUCACCGGUCCCUUUGGAGAACGGUAUCUGCUCCUGUGUAAAAUCCUCACACAGUAUUGAGCCAUCGAUUCAACAUUUGUCCUCGGAUAUGUCACGGUCAUCCAUCAAGAGGGCCAAGCCCCGGAUGACCACCGCAGAAGUCCUCAUUCGCUAUGCAAAGAAAAGACGAGAUGCCAUCAUAAACAAUAGGUACAUCUCACCAUAUGCUCCUUUACAACCACGACCACUCCGAAUUCGGAAAGAUAAUAAUGUCACCAGCGAACCGCAGCAUGAUGUCCUGUCCGCCAUUCCCGUGGAGACGUCUCAUGAGGUGACAGCACCAGUGCAUCGUCCACGAUACAGUCUCCGCCGUAAGAUUUUUCACGGCGCAUUACCUCCUCUACCUCCUUCGGCACCUACCUCCCGUCCAUUCAGUGGUUCAUCCAUUCCAUCUUCUUCGUCUGAACCAGCAAGACUUAGCUCUCAGGCCCUUGGCAUCUCAUCCACUCCUGCAUCUUCAUCUCGACCAGCAACCAAUGGUCUUCCACAGUACCCUGACCGGCGAACAUCGAUGUGCGGUGGCUGCCUAGAAGGACGACACCGUCCUCUCCACAGCCAUCCAUAUCAUCGCCAUGGCGACAACAACCCGCAAUCUGGAAGUCCCCCACUGCCAUAUCCACUUAGCCCGCGGGAAUUCCUAAACCGCCUCCCACCUGGAAUUGAUUAUGUUCCACCUUCGCUCAUGGCUGGCCCGCAGUGCCGGCACUGCACGACCCGCCGAUCUGGGAUCGGUUCUCCCCCAGGAUUGGUUGGUCCUCGGGCGUUGAAUCGUGUCUCCGUCUCCCUCUCAGACACCGCACCUGACUCGCCUUGGGCUGGCCCUGUAGACUCCAUGGCGUUCUAUUAUGACUCUGAUGAGGACUUGCCUUUGCCCGUCGAGUCUGAUCACGCCGAGAGUGUUGGUCCAUCUGGCUUUGAAAUGUGUCUAAUUGCGGGAUCGGCUGCUCAAAGUCGUAGAUACCGUUGA